CGAACCCGUGAGACUUUCGAAUGUGAAGAGUUUGGCUCUCACAACUCUUCGGUUCUGGUCGCUUCCAACAUCGAAGUAAAACCAUGGCGGAAGACGAGCAAGAAUACUAUGGAUACUUUUACGGGGAGGAAGACAAAGGUCUACUUGAUCCGGCUUGGGAGAGGCAACAAAAGAAAACAUUUACAGCGUGGUGCAACUCUCAUCUGAGGAAAACUGGCAAACAAAUCGGAGAGAUCGAAGAAGACUUGAGAGAUGGUGUAUUGUUGUUACAACUACUGGAAAUUAUAUCCGGCGAAAGACUGCCUCAUCCCGAGAGAGGAAAACUGCGAUUCCAUCGAAUUGCCAACGUGAAUAAGGCUUUGGACUUUGUCGCAGGCAAAGGAGUAAAGCUAGUCUCCGUUGGAGCUGAGGAAAUCGUAGAUGGAAACCUUAAAAUGACCCUUGGAAUGAUUUGGACCAUUAUUUUGCGGUUUGCUAUCCAAGAUAUUGCAAUCGAAGAUUCGUUUGCGAAAGAUGGUCUUUUGCUAUGGUGUCAACGAAAGACAGCUCCAUACAAGAAUGUCUCCGUUAAGAACUUUACAACUAGCUUUAAAGAUGGUCUUGCUUUCUGCGCGCUUAUUCACCGCCACAGACCCGAUCUGAUCGACUACGAUUCACUGAGGAAGGAAGAUCCACUGUAUAACCUCAACAAAGCAUUUGAUGUGGCUGAACAGUACUUGGACAUUCCAAGGAUGUUGGAUCCUGAAGAUAUGGUUGAGACGGAGAGGCCAGAUGAAAGAGCAGUGAUGACAUACGUAUCAUCGUACUACCAUGCUUUCACCAGCUCCCAACAGGCGGAUACUGCUGCAAAGAGGAUUGGCAAAGUACUGAACAUCAACCGUGAUAACGAGAGAAUGAUGGAGGAUUAUGAACGGCUUGCAAGUGAUCUGCUAGACUGGAUCAACAAAACGAUGCCAUGGUUGACAUCCAGAGAUACAGACGGCACUCUCAAAGACAUGCAGAGGAAACUUGAUGAACUGAGGAACUACAGGAAAGGCGAGAAGCCUCCCAAAGUUGAGGAGAAAGGACAGCUGGAGACUAACUUCAACACCUUGCAAACCAAACUCCGACUGAGCAACAGGCCGGCUUACCUUCCUUCUGAAGGGAAGAUGAUCAACGAUAUUAAUGAUGCAUGGGGAGGUCUAGAGAUGGCAGAGAAAGACUUUGAGGAUUGGCUUCUUAUGGAAAUGAGGAGAAUGGAGAGGUUGGACCACUUGGCCGAGAAGUUUCGGCACAAGUGUAACAUCCACGAAUCCUGGACCAAUGGCAAAGAUGCUGUUCUAUCUAAAGAUGAUUAUUCAGAUGCCACACUAGCUGACAUUAAUGCUUUGAUGAAGAAGCAUGAGGCCUUUGAGAGUGAUCUUGCAGCCCACCAAGACAGAGUGGACCAGAUUGUGGCCAUUGCACAGGAGCUGAAUGCCUUGGAAUACAGCAAGAUCGAUGAGGUCAACGCCAGAUGCCAAAACAUAUGUGACGACUGGAAGGACCUUGGAGAACUGACUAUGCACCGUCUCCAAAAACUCGAGGAUGCGCAACAGAGGCUACAAAGCCUGGACCAACUCCGUCUCGAGUUUGCCAAGAAGGCGGCACCGUUUAACAACUGGUUAGAAAGCGCCAGGGAAGACCUGAUGGACAUGUUUAGUGUUCAUACCGUGGAGGAAAUUCAGGAACUACUUGACGCCCAUGAGGCCUUCAAGGAGAACAUGCCUGCCGCUCAAGCUGAGUAUAACUCCAUCAUGGACAUCGCCGUGCAGAUCGAGUCUUUGAGUGGUCAGGAGAAUCCGUACACUUCUCUCAGCAAGGAGGAUAUUAACGAAGGCUGGAAUCAGGUUGUGGAUCUUGUACCAAAGCGAGACAUUCUGCUACGAGAUGAAAGAUCAAAACAGGACCGCAAUGAGCGUUUGCGUGUGGAGUUCGCCAACAAGGCCAAUGUGGUAGGACCCUGGAUUCAACAACAGGGAGAGAAGCUCCGAACGAUCGGAUUCCACAUGGAGGGUUCACUUGAGAAAAAUCUUCAAGUUCUUCAGGACUUGGAGACGUUCAUCACCAGUUAUAAGCCGAACAUCGAAGAGCUAGAAGUUAUCAACCAGGAAGUGCAGCAGGCCCUUAUCUUUGAGAACCCUCACACCAAGUAUACCAUGGAGGCGAUGCGCGUAGGCUGGGAGCAGCUACUCACUGCCAUUGCCAGGAACAUCAACGAAGUCGAGAACCAGAUCUUGACACGAGACUCGAAGGGCAUUACAGAGGAGCAGAUGAAGGAAUUCCGAGCAUCCUUCAACUUUUUCGACAAAGAUCAGACAGGCAAGCUGGAACCGAACGAAUUCAAGCAGUGUCUCGUUAGUUUGGGCUACAACAUCAAGGAGGGCGACAAGGGUGACCGCGAGUUUGAGCGCUUGCUAGGCAUUGUGGAUCCUAACGGCACAGGCAAGGUCACGUUCCAGGCGUUUGUCGAUUUCAUGACCAGAGAGACCGCUGACUCUGACACCGCAGAGCAAGUGAUGGAGUCGUUCCGUAUUCUGGCUGGAGAUAAGCCCUUCAUUACAGCAGAGGAAUUACGCCGAGAGUUGCCACCUGACCAAGCCGAGUACUGCAUUGCGCGCAUGGCACCAUACGAAGGCAAGGACGCCGUCCCUGGAGCACUAGAUUACAUGUCCUUCUCGACCGCCCUUUACGGCGAGAGCGAUUUAUAAUAACAGACCCAACCCCUCUCCCGCAAGACAGUUCCCCCUCCGUGCCAGCAGUAGUGAGAAUGGAGACAGGAGAAACGAAUCGAAGUGCAAAGGAUGUAUUCCAGAAAAAGUUUACGUAUAGGGUGGAUUUCUCCGUAAAAGGAUUCAGGUCUUUCCUGUUUGUGGGUUCGUAGAAUCAGACCAAGUGUAACCGUUAUUUUUUUUUCAUUGGCAAUUUUAAGGAUCUUUAGUAAAACAAGUUGGUUGUCACUUAACAUCUUUGUGAUGAAAAGGAAUUUUUAUUGAUUCUGCUGGCGCUAGCAGAGAAAUAAGUGAUAUUUUAACAAAGUUUUGUGGAGACAAAGGUAACACAAAUUGUAAUGUUCUACUAAUUUUCUAAUACCUCAAGACGUAUAUAUAUAGAGUACCGUAAUGUUUAAUAAAAUAAUGAUAAGAUAAAUAAUUGAAUUAUAAAAUUCAACUCACUAACAACAUGCUACAAGCCCAGGGCCAGAGCAGGACAUGUAAGAUUGGGGGGGGGGGGGGGGGGGCACAAAACAGAAACAUAUUGGGGGGCACAGCCACGCCCCUUAGGAUCAUUCCCUUUUUAAAAAUAUUGGGAAGGGCUCGUGCCCCACCCUCUGCUACGGCCCUGAAGCCCCAUCCAAAACUCAAAGAGGGUGAGAAGUGUUUUCUCCUGGAUACUCUGAAAUCAGGUUCAAAAAUGUUUUUUUCCAAAAACUUUUUUUCAAUGAACUCAGCUUGAUACACAAAUCACAAAGUCGUUCUGGUAAAAACGUCUUUGGUAAUUAGCCUGGUUUGUUUGUUAGCCCAAUGAUAGCCUUCCACUCUCGUUUGGGGAUGCUUUUGAAAUGAUGAAGGCCGAGGUGCACAGGGUUUUCUGAGAAUAUCGGGAUUCAAUCACCCUCGUCCUCAGGCUGUUCUGGGUAAUUUUCAAUAUGGACGCCAUAAUGAAAAUUACCCAGAAGACCCUGGGAACUAGGUUGGAAUUCAACUUACAACCGAUCCAGUGCAACUCGUCCCUCGCUCCACAGGUUUCCCAUUUUAUUCGAAACAAGCAUUAUUUGGCGGGUUAGAAUGAGGAUAGGGGGGUAUCCUGUACAGAACAAGAGAGAACUCACAUUUCGAAAUUCUCGCAUCUAAUCUUAUCCCUACGACCAUCACCUUAUUCCCGUUCUUUCUAGAAAAUCUCUUGUGUUUUCUACUUCAUCAAUUCAUUAAACAUUUGAGUUAAAAUACUCUGCCUUACCCUAGCAUCACCCUACCCUAUUUUAACUUUGGGAAAAUUGUGUUUAAGUAAGGUUGGAUUCUAAAUGUUUUGUAAUAGUAGAUGAAAACGGAUAGGCCGGUAUAUUAAAAACCUAUUCUUUGUAAA